UUUAGAGGCUCAUUGGGCGUAACUGAGACUCAAUUGUUGGUGGCCGUUGUUUUAGUACACGGCCAAGUUUAGAUAGAACAAUACAAGCUUUGUUUCCGACUCAAACGAAAAAAUCGACUGGACGGUGUUGAACAUUUGUAUAAAUGGACAUUGGCGGUCAUUGGAUGGCAUCAGUCAAGUUGCAUUCUUCAGUGGAUUAGCAGGUAUACCGAGAGUCGCACAAAACAGGAAUCACCGGUCACACGACACAUUCUACCUCAAACAAAGGAUUAGGAAUAAUUAACCUAAAAUGAAGAUCUAUAUUUGUGCAGUUGCUUUAAUCGCACUCAUAGUGCCCAGUCAAGCGACUUUUGGUAAAUUGGCGCUACUCUCGGCAGUUGGAGGUGGCAGCACCGGAUAUGGUGGCGGUAAUUACGGCCCGGGCUAUGGUCCAGGAUAUGGAGGUGGUUAUGGAGGUGGUUACGGAGGCAGUUAUGGAGGCAGCUAUGGUUAUGGCGGUGGAUACAACGGUGGCUAUGGUGUUACGCCCUACUCCAAUGGUGGUGAAAAUGUGGUAAAAGUGAUUAAAGUGACAGUGGUGCCCGGUGGCGGUAGUUACGGUGGCGGCUACGGCACAGGCUAUGGUGGAUAUGGUUAUGGCAGUGGCGGUUAUGCGAACGGAGGUGUGGCCACGUCGGCGGUUGUAACGCCUGUGGUGUCAACCAUUUCAGCUCCUGUAGCAGCUCCGAUAGUGGCUCCAAUUCCAGCCCCAAUCUCCUAUGGAGCCACCUAUGGCAGCGGUUACGGUUAUGGCGGUGGCGUUGGUUUAGGAUAUGGUGGUGUUAGUGGUGGUGGCAUCGGCGGCAUUGGCGGUUUAGGCGCUUUGGGUGGCGGUGGCUGGUGUUGAGCGAAAUCGGAAGCGAUAUGUGACUUUGUGACCCUUGGUUAAUUCGAAAU